CGCUCGUCCGGAGACUCGAAGGCCGCAAAGCCGGGUCUCGACAGGCUCCCCGCCCGUUCUCCAUAGAAGCGAGAGGCAGCCGGAGCUAGGGUUUCGAGGAAGAUAGCGGCCAUGGAUAGCGCCCUCGCGAGCGCCGCCUCCAUCGCGGAUCAGAAGCAAAAGAUCGAACAGUACAAGCUCAUUCUCGCCUCCGUCCUCUCCUCCGCUCCCACCGACGUCUCUCAGGCCAAGCGCUUCAUCGAUCACAUGAUCUCGGACGUCGUUCCUCUGGUGGUAUCCAGGCAGUUGCUUCAGACUUUCGCGCAGGAACUGGGAAAUCUGGAGCCCGACACCCAGAAGGCGAUUGCACAUUAUGCCCUAGCUCAGAUCCAACCCAGGGCUGUCUCUUUCGAAGAACAGGUGGUAGUCAUCAGAGAGAAACUAGCCGAACUGUAUGAAUCUGAACAACAAUGGUCAAAAGCAGCACAAAUGCUUAGCGGAAUUGAUCUAGAUUCAGGAAUAAGAAUGGUUGAUGACACAUACAAGCUGUCCAAGUGUGUCCAAAUUGCUCGUCUUUAUCUUGAGGAUGAUGAUGCCGUAAAUGCAGAGGCUUUUAUCAAUAAAGCUUCUUUUUUGGUUAGCAGUAGUAAGCAUGAGGUCCUAAAUUUACAAUACAAGGUUUGUUAUGCAAGGAUAUUAGAUUUAAAGAGAAAGUUUCUGGAAGCUGCACUGCGUUAUUAUCAGAUUUCUCAGAUUGAGAAGCGUCAAAUUGGUGAUGAGGAAAUUGACGAGGAUGCACUGGAACAAGCUCUCAGUGCUGCUGUGACCUGCACAAUAUUGGCUGCUGCUGGUCCCCAACGCUCUCGUGUUCUUGCUACCUUGUACAAGGAUGAAAGGUGCUCAAAGUUGAAGAUUUACCCAAUAUUACAGAAGGUCUAUCUUGAAAGAAUUUUGAGAAAACCAGAGAUUGAUGCAUUUGCUGAGGAAUUGAAACCACACCAGAAAGCUCUUUUACCAGAUAAUUUCACUGUGCUGGAUCGUGCGAUGAUUGAGCAUAAUCUCCUGAGUGCAAGCAAGCUCUAUACAAACAUAAGCUUUGAAGAACUAGGAACCUUAUUGGGUAUUCCUCCUCAAAAGGCUGAAAAAAUAGCCUCACGGAUGAUCUAUGAGGAUAGAAUGAGGGGAUCAAUCGAUCAGGUUGAAGCUGUCAUACAUUUUGAAGAUGACACUGAAGAAUUACAACAGUGGGAUCAGCAGAUUGUGGGGCUAUGUCAAGCACUGAAUGAUAUUCUUGAUGGUAUGGCAAGUAAGGGCAUAUCAAUUCCUAUCUGAGUGUCUGCCUUUGUUAAAGGAUCUGUCGGGUUAGAUAGAUGGAUGUCCUUGAUAUAUAUGUACAUUUAGGCAUCCAUGUGCAGUGGCCUCUUUUAGAGGAAUAUUGUUUUUCUUUGCUUCUCGAUUUUUCUUUUUCCAAAGCUGUACAGAGGUGGUUCGGAUUUGUUUUGCUUCAAACACUUUCGUUCGCCAUGGACCCCCAAAAUAUAGUUGAUUAUAUUGGAAUAUUGCAUGUUGAUGGUAUGUAUUUUGGUAUCAAGAUUUAAUGUUUCAUUAUGCGAUAGAUCGCCAAGAAUUUA